GAAACCUUUACCGAUUGGAAUAGUUACGAACUCGCUAGCUUUUCUUGGUUUGGAAGUUCAGGUAUUAUCGGCUUUGUCGUGCACUUUUGGCGCUUCUUCGUUACUAUGACCGACAAGGAUACAAGUAGAGCUCGCAAAAGAACAUAUAAUAAAAUAAGCGAUGUACAAAGGUCAAAACUACAAGAAUAUUAUGACGGCGGCAUGAAAACAUGCGGUUCUGAUAAUACGGAAAAAAUUGGAGUGGCAGCCGAGGAAACUGGGCUGACUAUUGAUCAAGUAAAGGUAAGAUAUUUUUUAGUUGGACUGAAACACUACCAUGUUUCAUGUAUGUGGAAUACCCCGCUACUUAUUUGCAUCUCGUUGAAUAAUAAUAGCGAUCAUUAUGGUGAGUGCUUCUUUCUUCAGAGCACACCGACAUAUGUAAAUGAUGUAGCGGUAUAUUGUCCUAUAGAAUUAAUUCCCUUACUCUGUGUGCUGCAUAAACGAAUCUUUUUAAAGGAUUGAUUCUUAAACAGAAUUUCAUCCGUCAUAUACCGAAGUCAAGGAAGUUAACUGUACGAUUGUACUAUUCAUAAUGAGGCCUUGUGGUAAUUAUUUCCCUCGUUAAUUAAAGUAGGCUUACUUUUUUUUUUGAAAAUAAUUGCUUUAUGCAGUUUUAUGCUCGAAAAUACGCUUGCAGUGUGCAGUAUAAUCAAUGAUCAAGAAUAUGCCGGUAAAAGAAGAUAUGUGUUUACUCAUCCGUUAUUAUAAAUUUAAGAAUAUGUAUUGUGUUACCAUUACAAAUAUUGAGAGCUAACCGCAAGCAACCUUAGUUAAAAGUGGGCUAACCCGAGUGCUCUGUAGGCCAACAGAAGAGCUAGUUAGGCCAAACUGAGUGCUCUGAGGCUAACCAGAGUACAAGUUUGGCUAAUUGGAGCUGAAAAGUAGGCUAACCAAAGUGUUAAUAAUAGGUAACCCAUAGCUAACGAUCGAAUCCUGGUUCGAAGUUUAGGUAUCCUCAAUCUAGAGCUGUUAAAUGUUAUAAUCACAUCAUCCAUUCGACAUACAUGUACAUACCAAGAAGAUCUACCUUUAUUGAUUUGUUGCCAGCCAAUCAUUCUGUACUGGAUUGAAAAUUUGCUCUGUAUACAAGCUCAGAGUUUCUGUGAGCAGCUUGCAUGGGUAUUAUAGGGUCAGGCCCUGCCAGGGGGUUCCCUGUAUUGCAUUGCUUGUCUGAAUUUAAAAACCUACGGUUAUUAUUAUUUUGUCUUUAUUUCUCCACCUUGUUGUUGCUGUCAGAAUUUUGGUGAACAAGAUCUUAAUUUUUUCAUACUUUCAUAUAUAUGCCACAGCUACUUUUUGGACCAUGUCCCCUGUAGGAAUUUACCUUGGCUGGGCCUCUAUAGGGCCAGCCAGUGAAAGAGAGCAAAAAGGGAAGGGUUUCUAUUGUAGCUUAAGGCAUUUUGAAAUACUUUAUUUUAAUGUGGUACAUUUAUGUAGAAAUGGAUUGGAAAUGCCCGACAAAAGGAAAAGAUAAAUUCUGGAGUACAAGCAGCUCCAAAGCCAAUUAAGAUCCCAACUGGUUCACGUGGCUCACACUCCUACAACAUGUUCUGUUCAGAGUAUUUCAAGUCAGGUGAGAACCCUGAUAAUGUUUUCAAACACUAA